UCAUAUAUACCCUCUCCCAAAUCUAAAUCUUCCUGAGAGAGAGAGAGAGAGAGAGAGAGAGAGAGAGAAUCUCAUCGCAAACAAAAGAGAUGAGUUUAAGGAAGAGCCAAGAAAGAGGUUUAAGCUUUCACCAUCACUUUCCAAGCUUCAAUGGAGUGCUUAAACCCUCCCCUUCUCCUCCUCCGUCUUUGCUGUCCCAUUUGACCAGACAGAUCCUACUUAGAGAUUAUCACACAAACAUGGUGGAAAGUCCCUUGUUUUGCCGACCGCAAGAUCACUUUUCGAAAGGCCAAAAUAUUACGUGUUUGCCACUUCUGAACAAGCUCAUGGAGAAACCCCCCGAACCCAAUCUACAGAAGAACGUCAAAGAAGCUUUGGAGGUGGAAGAAGGAGGAGGAGAAGGGGAAGUCACAGUGGCUCUCCACAUCGGAAUUCCUAGUUAUCAUCGAAACAACUCUGAUGCCAUUUCUGAUUGCCAGAAAAUGGCCAUCAAGAAAGAAGAUGAUGGUGAUCAUGGCGAUGGUGAUGAUGGUGAUGGCGAUGGAGUGGUGAUUAGGAAGAGGAAGAUGAGCUCCGAGAGUGAUUUUGAUUUGGAUAUUUCAGGGACAAGGUUUUGGAUUCCAAGUGCUGCUCAAAUUCUUGUAGGCCCAAUGCAAUUUGCAUGCUCUAUUUGCAACAAGACCUUCAAUAGGUACAAUAACAUGCAGAUGCAUAUGUGGGGGCAUGGAUCGGAGUUCAGAAAGGGACCGGACUCGCUGAAAGGCACGACACAACCGGCCGAGAUCCUGAGGUUGCCGUGCUAUUGCUGCGCCGUAGGAUGUAAGAACAACAUCGACCAUCCGAGGGCGAGGCCCUUGAAGGACUUCCGUACACUUCAGACGCAUUACAAACGCAAGCACGGCUCGAAGUCUUUUUCCUGCAGGAAAUGCGGAAAGGCUUUGGCCGUGAAAGGAGACUGGCGGACGCACGAGAAGAACUGCGGAAAGCUUUGGUACUGCACUUGCGGGUCCGAUUUCAAGCACAAGAGAUCUCUCAAGGAUCAUAUUAGGUCCUUCGGGAAAGGGCAUUCACCUCACCCUUCUCUUCUUUCCGGCGGGUUCGAGGAGGAGAAGGAGUGUGUUACCACGGAGUAAUUAAGCGGGUAUCUCGUUGGAUAGACCGGGAUGGACAGUAUCUCGGGUUGGUUUUCUCGAUCAUCGAUCCGCAUCGGUAAGGUAUAUUCCUUGAAAAAGGUCUGAAUUUUCUUAUGUUGCUCCUAUCUAGACGAUGGGGCAACAUUUUGAAAUUCAUGAUCUUUUUUCUUGAUACUUUACCGAUGAAAUAAGCAUAUGAUUGGAAGCCGGUCCAGAUCAAAACCCGGUCUAAUCUAACCAUUUUCAUAUUUAUUUCGAAAUGAAUUAGGGUUCUUGAGGCUUGGUGGGGGGAUUCUACGUCUAAGCAACCGAAGAGCUUGUGCUCACUAACAAAAAGAUCUCCUUCCACAAGGGAUCUAUUUGUCAAGGAGCAUUUGCGGGUUGACGAAGGGUUAAAUCCCCCUAAUUAUCUAAGUAAUUAAUUAAUUAAUAGUUAAUCUUCGAUUUGGCUUUUAAUUAGGUAUCUUAAUUCUCUGGUGAGUGUGAGUGAGUGAGCGCCUUCAAGUG